AUGAUUACCGACGAAGAUAUUGACCAAAUAGGCGCCAGGCCGUUGACGACUGGCGAUUGGUUCAAGGUGGUUGGUAUCAUGGCGAUAUAUCGUGAGUUGAAAGGCACAAUUCCCAUGCCCGGACAAAAAGCCCAGAAGCGCUUCUUGCUUUUAAGUUUGUAUGCAGAUGCUAACGUGGGCGACUUCAUUUUAGCCAUAAUCUUCUUGUACCAGCUUGCCAAGUUCUUCCUCCCUAGUCAUCCGCAGUACGACUUUCACUGGCGUCAAAAGGCCAUCCUCGCUGCCAUCCGCACCUCCAACGUGUUUCAGAGUCAAAAACGCAUCGUCUACGCGGGGGGCCACACAAAGACGUCCAGCGAACGGAUGCGCGGUUACGCCGCGAAGCGUGAGGGGAUCAAGCACCGCGAGGUUUCGGUGCCAAUCAAUACCGCAGUGACGGCCGCCAAUCCCGCGACGGGCAGAGCCACGUCGUCGCCCACUCUUCACUUCUUCUCGGGACCGUGGCUCGCGGGCGAGCCCGGCAACGACGACGACAAAGACGGCCACGGCCGCGGAGACGGGCCCAUCAUUGUGUAUGCCCACGGCGGCGGCUACGUUGAGCCCAUUGCGCCGAGCGCCCACGUCGCGCUCGCACGCAGCAUGGCCAAGGCGUGCGGCGCGCGCCAAGUCAUCUUUGUUGCCUACGCGCUCUGCCCCGAGGCGCAGUACCCAUCGCAGCUCGUCCAGAUUGUCGAGUCGCUGCGCCACCUCCUCGAGCAGGAGAACAUCCCGCCUGGAGACCUCGUUCUGGCCGGCGACAGCGCCGGAGCGCACAUGAUGGCCUCGCUGCUAGCACACAUUGCCGCUCCCGCGCCCUACGUGCCGCCCCUGCGACCCAGCGGCCAGUUCCUGGCCGUGGUGCUGCUCUCGCCGUGGUUUACGUGGACCGACGCCGCGAGCCUCGGCACCAGCGCGUGCGACUUUCUCGAGGGCCCGCACACGGCGAACCUCGUCCGCGUGCUGCGGCCCCGUGUCGAGGAUGUGUGGUGCGAAAUUGUUGCCGCGCCAAACGCGCACGAGGUCUGGGCGCGUGUCUUUGGGGUAGAGGGCAGCGGUGAGAAGCCGCUCGUGAAGCGCUUGCUGGUGACGGCGUCGGACUCGGAGAUUAUGCAUCGUGACGCGCGGGUCUUUGCAGUCGAGUACGCGGGUGCGACGAGCGUGAGUGUGGGUGCGGGCGAUUCGGAGACGCAGUUUGCGAGGGUCAGGUCGGAGACGAGAGUGUUUGCUGUGGGUAGGAGGGAGACGCACGUGCAGCCGGGCUUAGAUGAAGCGGUCAGGUAUUACGGAGGCGGGACGUGGCGAGCACUGCAAGCUUUCAUGUCGUCUCUUCGGGAUUAG